UUUAUUUCUGACAAAAUGUUGCUAGGCUUGUGAAUGAAGUUACUACCCAUGGCCUUUUUGCUAAAUAUGGGUAUCGGAAUCAUGCUUCCACGUGAAUUCAGCACCAGGCUCUUGGACACAAAGCUUUCAGCUGUGAUGACAAAACACAAGAGCAUCUUGGAGGAUUUAACUAAAAGAAUGCUGAUGUUUGACCCUGUCCCUGUUAAGCAAGAGGCAAUGGAUCCUGUCUCAGUGUCCUAUCCAUCUAAUUUCAUGGAACAUAUGAAGUCAAACAAGUACAGUGUCAUUUAUUCUACACCGAACAUGUUACACAAUAAAUUCUAUCCGACCCCGGAAGGCCUUAAUUCUAAUGGAAUCCAGAUGGAGCCCGUCGAUCUCACGGUGAACAAGCGGAGUUCCCCACCUUCGGCCGGAAGUUCCCCUUCCCCGCUGAAAUUUCAGACUUCUCACAGGCGAGCCUCACCUGGAUUAACUAUGCCCUCGCCUAGCCCACCUAUGAAAAAGUUCACACCGCCCCCGCCGGGCGUCCAGCCCUUCAGCGUGCCGUUGCCGAUCCCACCAGUAAUGGCGGCCCUUUCUCGACACGGAAUUCGCAGCCCUGGAAUCCUUCCAGUUAUACAGCCGGUUGUUGUGCAACCUGUACCUUUCAUGUACGCAAGUCACCUUCAGCAGCCUAUAAUGGUUUCUACUGUCCUAGCAGAUGAAUUGGAAAAUACAAAUAGCAUGCAAGUACCUGUAAUCGAAUCCUACGAGAAGCCUAUUUUGCAGAAAAAAAUCAAAGUAGAGCCUGGGAUUGAACCACAGAGGACAGAUUAUUAUCCUGAAGAAAUGUCACCCCCACUAAUGAACUCAGUAUCCCCUCCACAAGUUGCAAUGUUGCAAGAAAACCACCCUUCAGUCAUAGUCCAGCCUGGAAAAAGACCUCUACCCGUGGAGUCUCCAGAUACGCAAAGAAAACGCAGGAUCCACAGAUGUGACUACGAGGGCUGCAACAAGGUGUACACCAAGAGCUCCCACUUGAAGGCCCACAGAAGAACCCACACAGGAGAAAAGCCCUACAAGUGCACAUGGGAAGGCUGCACGUGGAAAUUUGCUCGGUCCGAUGAACUCACGAGGCAUUUCCGCAAACACACUGGGAUUAAACCCUUCCAGUGCCCAGACUGUGACCGGAGCUUUUCGCGUUCCGACCACCUUGCUCUACAUAGGAAACGCCACAUGCUCGUCUGAAGUCCGCCAGUCUCCGUAUCCACCCUUCUCUCGCCGCCUCCCUCCCUUUCUCUAACUCAUUUUUUUACAUGUACAUUUUAAUUUGGAUUCAGCUGGUCUGAAUCGCUGAGUUUAUACCAUUAAAAACUUCCAUAUGGUCAGUAAUAGAUGGUAUCUAACCCUCCUUUCUCCUUGCCACGGGUCAGACCUAAAGAAUGUGAACACUUCUUGUUUCUGGGGAUGCUAAGCAAACCCUCCUAGACAUGUUUAAUGUACUGCAUAAGGGAACGUGUAAACUAACCUAGCCAUUUGUCAGCGUCUCCAUGUAUUCACUCAUCAUAUAUUGACAAACCAGUAAAUGUAUUAGAAAUCCAGUAUCCAGACUGCUAGUUCUUGCAGAACUCCAUGCUUAUGGGCCCUAGAAUCUGGUUGGAGAGAGUGGAACCUUCCCCACGGGCUUAACCAGAACUGUGGCGGGACGAGACCCGAUCGGUCGGCUCCUCCUUAUCGUCACUUGUCAGAAAUCGCAUUUGUGUCCCACCUAAGUUAGAAACAGUAUUUGUUGUCUCGGCCUCCUGUGUUCAGCCAACAGAACACGUUCAGGACUGGGCGGUCAGCGCGGCUCCUCCUAGAAAGUGUCCACCAUAAAGUGGGGAGCAGGAGAGGGCUUGCGGGGAGGCCGGAUAGCUCCCCUCCUCCCCCCCCAGCAUAAGCAUGCUGGGGGGGGCUGGGGUCCUGGGAGCGUUUCCAUCAGCCCCUUCCUGAACUCCCACCCACUUCCCCAACCCAUGUUCCAUCCACAUCUCUGCAAAUUUGUACGAUGAGAAAGCACAAUCUUAGGUUCUCCACACUGGGUGCUCUGCUGCCAGAGGGAUGAAAAGCUGAGGUGGUGACGGGGAGAUCACAGAAGCCCCUUCCUUAGCUUUGGGGUCCCACAGGGCAUCGUGUACGUUCCCGUAACCUAAUGGGGUCUCACAUACUCUCGGGGGUGUCUGUGAGAAGCAGCUGUUGAUGCUUUCAUAGAUCCGUCCCUCUCUGUAAAUCGAGCUAGUGAGCCCAGAGCACACAGAGACACGCCGCGCAGAUUUCCAAAUGCACCCGCCAUUCGGGGAUCCGCGCGUGUCCGCUCGGCCCCUCCCCUCAGCGAGCAGCACCCUGGAGGUCCCAACAGGAGGAUGCUCGGGACUGGUGAGAUCAGCUGACGGGGUCCCGGCCAUGGGACGAGCAGAGCCGCCAGAACCCUGUUGGAACUGGGAUCCCUGAGGAAGUUCUUCCUCAAAAGCUGGCUUUUGAGCAGUACUGUCAAUCUGGGAUAUUGGGGUGGCCCGAUUUUCUGUUCUCCAUUAGCAGAUGGGGCACCCAGGACUAAAAGGGGGCACCUAGGAUCUGAGGUGUGGCCGUGCAGAAGUAGGGAGAGGAGAGGCGCGAGUGAAAGUUGUACCCCUUGGGACCUCUCGACUUCUAAGGAAAAGAACGUGGGUUCAGUAACGACUGAAAGGGGGCCGGUGCGUUUCACCAUCCUGAAGAUUCCAUCACCUUUUGAAUCCUGCAAGAGUUAUGUGGGAGAGCCAGUUGCUAUGGCAAUAAACUAAGCAUCAGGAAAUUCAAAUGUGGAACAGUUGUACAUUUUCCAAACCUAUUCCGUUUCUCCAACAUCGAUGACCCACAUUAAAAUGACUGUUUUGGUUAAGAUGUUUUCGAAAUGAAUGUAUUAUCUUGGCUUAUCUGAAUUAUUUGGGUUUUUUUUUCUUUAGUCCAGAAUUGAUAAUUUUAUGGAUUAAAAAACGGAUUCACAAUUUGAUUCCCCCUUCCCUUCUCUUCCACCCCUUUCCCCCCCAAAAAAAUAACAUGAAGAGAUACCAUUCAGGCCAAAACACCAGCUUGAAAUUCAGUUAAUGUCCUCAAGAACCAAGAUGGAACGAAAAUAGGAAGGGCGUGUCUGAUCCAACGAAUGUAGUUUGUGCUGUUCUACCCCCCAAAAAGUCAUUUUUCUCAACUUGUAUGGAAUCUGUAGAAGAGAAUGGAGUGCACUGAAAUUUGAGCUUUCAGAGGUGAUUUGUCAGUGCUUUUAACUUGUUUUGUAUUGGUUUGUUUCGGUAAGAAAGAGCUAUCAACAAUCAACUUCAAAAGGAAAACGAUCCUGAGACCUGAUUACGCGUUCCCAUAUUACUCUAUCUUUAGUUUAAUAUUUGGCCUUCUCUCAAAUCUUCCUUUAUAAAUAUUGUAUUUUACUCAUAGAUGAAAAUCCUAGUGUCUUAGCAGUUUGUAGCUGUUUAUUGUGGAAGGAGUCAAAUACAGCAUAAUCUCGAAAUGCCCUUGAACGUAUUUAGGUUGUAUACCCUAUCAUUCUCGACGGUGGUUUUAGUAACAACAUCCUUAAUUGACUACAAUUGUACACAUGGAAUUUUUUUUUCUUAAUUCCAUUUGCUAAAGGAUUUCUCAAAUUAAGUGUUAUGGGGAAGAAGUCAGGAAAUAACCAUCUGUCUUAUUAGAGUUUUAAAAUGUGAAUCUACAUCUUCAAUGGGCAUUAACUAUCUAAUGGACUUUGGGGCUAGGGGAUGUAUUAGCAGAAUAGCUACUACAUACAACUAAGGAGAUGCUAAAUUAGCAGAAGGUUCUCAAGAGCCUUGAAACAUUCAUAGGAGAACUAGAGGGAUAUUUUUUAAAAUGGAACACUCAACUGCACUAUCAGUAUUGCACUAACAAAGGAUUCUAGGUGAUUUUGCUGAUAAUGUAUAGCCCUGUGUGUCAUUUGUGAGCAGUUUAUUUUUUGACAAUCUCUUCGAGGAAAGCAGGUUUUGGCAGCGAUUUGAUUUGUUUAAAAAAUAUACCAUAGUUCUUGACUAAUCCCCAGAGUACAUAAAAGUUGGUCAGAGUAUGUUCUCUUCUUUCUCCUCAGUCAAAGUUAACGACUUCUAAAACGACUGAAAAUUCUAAAAUUAAGCCAUUUUACACACAUUAAAUGAGGGCUACGCCAAUCUUAUGUUUUACAGAUACUAGCACUUUUUUUUUUUAUUUUGCUAUUUAUGUACUUAAUGUUAGAGGGUCAAAAUAAUCUUUCUGCUUAGCAUCUCUUAAACCAUACCUGCCAGUAUAGCGGGAUAUUACAUUUACAGUACUUUUAAUACUUGUGUAAACUAUGCAGAAAUUUUUAAUAAAGUGUAAUAUAUUUUAUAAGCUAAUAAGACUGAAUGGGUAAGAGGUUUUUAGCAUGCAUUAGUAUAACUUGCAAAUACUGAAACAUUUUGGUAAUCUUUCUUACUAAAGAUGUGAAUGUUUAAUGUACCUUCACUGUUUCUACUUUGGUAGUCCAAUGGGAAUUCAGUAAUGACAUUUUGUCAUGUCAAACUGUGAACAUAAAUUUGUACUGUACAGUCCUCAUAUACUAUAUACCAUAUGCAAUAUAUGUAUUAUAAACUUGUUAAUAAAACCAUCUGAAUAUUAAAU